AUGGCUCAUGCUCAUGGACCACUCUCCAGGACAAACACAGCGCCUGUGUUUCCCACCAGAAAUACCAACGGCCUCUCUGGCUUGAGUCAAACUAUGAGCCACAGCUCGAGAUCGUCCCAGCUCUCAGGCUCCACCGCAUUUACCUCUUCUUCGUCGACGUCCCUCUCGUCUCUCGCCAGCUCCGCUACCAUGCUCCCGCCGCCAACUAGCGGAUCAGUAGUUGCAACAAACAAUAUCAUUAACCAACAAGCCGACGCGUCCCGAUCCCUAUACCAAAUCUGCGUACAGCUUAGGCAGCGACUGGCCCAAGUCCCAGGCUUUGAUGUACAUUUACACGAUUCAGAGAACGAGGAGGAUGAGGAGGAUAUGGACCCAGUCUCGUCACUAUGGCGGUGUUUGCGGAAAGGAACGCCUCUGAUGACCAUAUAUAACGCGAUUCAACCCCCUAUACCCUUACAUCUUGAUGAGAAGAUAGAAACGCCACUUAAAAGGGCGAAGCGUGCAACAUUCAAAUUCGUUGAAGCAUGUCUAAAGGGCGAGUUGGGUGUACCGCCGGGGGAGUGUUUUGCUCUUUCAGAUCUCUUUGGAGAUGAUACAACGGGUUUCGUCAAGGUCACACAGGUGAUCAACCUCGUCCUCGAUGUAGCUCAACAACGCGGUCAACUCUUGUCUGUUGAAGAAAAGAGUGUAGACCCGGCUGCUAUGACCGUUUCGGAAAAGAUGAGCUACAGAGACCAUGUGGUUGCGGAAAUGGUUAAUACAGAACGGAAAUACGUCCAGGAUCUCGAGAAUCUUCAUGAUCUAAAGAAACAAAUUGAGCAAAAUGGCGUAGUCCCGGGGGAUGUGGUCCACGAAAUUUUUCUGAACAUCAACGCCAUUUUAGAUUUUCAACGUCGAUUUCUCAUUAAAAUCGAAACUACAAAUUCUCAAUCCAAGGACCAGCAACAAUGGGGCUUGCCCUUUGUCAACUACGAGGAAUCUUUCAAUAUAUAUAGGCCAUUCAUUGCAAACCAGCGAAAGGCCGCGGCCAUUGCUAAGCGGGAUUUCUCCAAGUUAUCACAGGCUAAACAUGCUAUUGUCGUGGACUUCAAUACUCUAGAUGGAUUCCUUCUCAAGCCGAUGCAACGUUUGGUCAAGUACCCUUUACUCUUGAAGGACUUGCGCGACAAAGGAGGUCUAGACGAAACGAUGAAAACCGAUCUAACAGCCGGUAUCGAAGCAUCCAAUCGAGUACUGAGGGAAGCCAACGAUGCUGUUGACCAGGAGCUGAGGCGAGAAGCACGAGAAGACUUGGAAAGUCGGGUGGAUGACUGGAAGAACCAUCAGAUCGAUCAUUUCGGAGACCUCCUUAUGCAUGGUCAAUUUAUGGUAGUCACAGGGAAGAGUGAUGUCCAAAAAGAAGUAGGACCUCAAUCUCUUCAAUCACUCCGACGUCUUUCAGUUCGAAAUACGGGAGCUCCGGCCUUCUGGCGCAAGGCGCUAGAAGCCGAUCCGGCUUAUUCAUCCUCGGCAUCACCAGAGACGCCAGUAAUAUCUGUUGGCACUCAGGAUGAGGAAUUAAACCCAAACAAGCUUAUGGGAACUCAAAAAGACAAGAAGGAUAAGAACAAGAAUAAGGAACACAACAAGAACGCCAAGCUGCAGCUGAAGGGCCGAAUCUUCAUGACCAAUGUGACUGAUGUUGUCUCACAGGCGAAACAAGGCUCGUAUGCGAUCCAGAUCUUCUGGAAAGGCGAUCCUGGAGUAGAGAAUUUUAUCAUUCGGUUCUCCAAUGAGGAUACAAUGAAGAAGUGGUACGCAGGUGUUCACGACCAAAGAACCGCACACGCCAACUCGGCGCAAAGAGGAAAUAGUCCUGAUUCGUUAGCCACCGAUUUUGCUUGGAUGAGAGACCAGACGGCAGCCAUGCCCAAUCCAUACGCGCAGCAGGAAGAUGAAGAAGACGAGGAUGAAAACGUCCAGCAAAUCUUUGGAUACGCCAACCAACCAAUGCCUCGAAAUGCAUCCAGCACAAGUUUACGGUCCAGAUCAACCACGGGGGAUAGUAGUCAAUCACUAGCCGGAAUUGCGCGAGCUCCACCUCCACGAUUUCCCAUGGGCUUUCAAAACCCUCCUCUUAGUUUACAAACUUCAAACACUUCAAUGCCCUCACCAACUCAACGUGGUUGUGAUUCUUAUUUCUCACCAGUUGGCGAAUCGCCUGCUUCCUCGAGGACAAGUACUGCCUCAUCGAUGUUCCCGUUCCCCCGCCAAGGAACACCACUAGGCUCGUGGGAGGAUCAAAAUCGCUACACAGCGCCGGCGGGGCCACGCGCCCCUUCGAGAGGAAGCCAAACGCCUUUGGAUACUUACCAGAUGAAUGGGCGCACACCUCAACGACCUUCGCUUCCGGCCAUGGCAUCACAAUCGGCCCAGGCGAGUGCAGCAGCGCAACGAAGUCGGUCUUACAGUACUCCUGACAUCAACGGUCAGGGAGGAGGUCGACAACGAAUCAACGGCACCCCGAGUAGUCAAGUACCGGCAGUACCUGGUAUUCCAGCGCAUUUGCACCCAGCGUACGACUCUGGGAUUCCCAGAUCGCAGAAUUCUUCUCCCAAUGGGAUGCCGAUAAGGACAAACACUCAGUCACCAGGGGCGCAGAGAGAGCGGAUGCCAAUAGGUCAGUACCCGAACGGUGCACCUCAAUAUGCCAGGAACAAUUCGAUAGGGAUACCCACCAGUUCUGCAGAUAGUCGGGCCAUGUCACCGCCACUCGGAAGCGCCUUGUCUGGUGACAGUGACAAUUUGCCCACUCAGCUGAAAGUCAAGGUGAAUUGCGACGGCAACUACGUGACGCUUGUAGUAGCAUUUAACAUCACAUACCAAUCUCUUAUCGACCGCAUCGACGCCAAAGUCGGCCGUUUCUCCAACAAUGCCAUAGCGAGAGGCACAAUGAAACUACGCUACCGAGACGAAGACGGUGACUUUGUCACCAUCGAAUCAGAUGACGACGUUCAAAUCGCCUUCCAGGAAUGGAGGGAGGCACAGAAAGCCCAAUACCAUGCUGGGCAGCUUGGCGAGAUCGAGCUUUUCUGCCUCGGUGUGGACAACUAG